AUGGAUUUGGACUGCCAGACAGCUCCAUUAGAGUCCUGUUUUUGUUACAGUGAUUACAAUGAAGCAGUCCCUCCAACUAAAAUUGAAGCUGACAAUUUACAUUCCAAUAUGGACUGUGAUGAUGUAGAUGUAGAUGUAGACGUUAGCCCUGAACAGGAUGGAACCUGUAAAUUUAAAAGAGGUCCAUACAGAUACUACUCGGAAGCUCAGAAGCAAAGAUUCUGGCAACUAGUUAUCGAACAAGGGUCUUCUGCAUAUAGAGCUGCACAAGCACUCAAAAUAAGUUUACAAAUAGCUUAUACUUGGAAAAGAAAUUGGAAUCGCCUUAUUGCUAACGAAAUUAAUGGUAUUUAUAAAGAGCCAAAAAAGCGUGGCCGCAAACAUCUUCUCACCGAAGAACACAAACCCUUUUUGAAAGAGUUGGUUCUUUCGGACCCAACUGUUACCUUGGACUUCUUGUUGGAAAAACUAAGAAGUACAUUUGAGGACGUGAAGGCAGGUAUUUCUACUAUUUAUAACUUUCUCACCAAGGUAUGCAAGUUUAGUCUCAAGAGACUUUCUAAAUGGGCCAUGAGACGGGAUCUGCCAGAAUUAAAACAACAGAGAUUCGAUUGGGCACUUGAGAAUAAGGAUAAAAUUGACCUUGAAAAGAAUUGUGUUUUCAUUGAUGAGGCUGGUUUCAACAUCAGUAUGAGACGGGAAUAUGGGUGGCCAAAAGUAGGUGAAAAGGCUGUCCUUAAAGUUCCUGUCACCAGAGGUCUCAAUGUGUCAUUCUUGGGUGCUAUCUUUCCAAAAGGGUGUAUUGACUUGAAGGUGCGACUCCCAGUCGAGAAUGCUCCUAACAAGAAGAGAAAAGUUAAUUCCAACACUACCAUUUCGGAAAAGAAGUCGAGGGUUGGUACCACAGCCGAUCAUUUCUACUCCUUUGUCAAGUCUGUGCUUAGAGAAAUUGAAACAAACCAGGAACUUAAGGAAAUGAAGUAUUUGGUACUUGAUAACGCAGCGAUCCAUAAACGUCGCGACCUCGAGUUAUUGGUAGCACUGAGUGGAAUGGAACUAGUAUUUUUGCCAGCUUAUUCACCUUCAUUGAAUGCAAUUGAAGAGUUUUGGUCCGUAUGUAAAGCCAAGGUUAAUGUUGAAGGUUGGUAA